AAUUGUUUUUCAGUUUUAAAAUUGAAAAUUAAAUUGUAGGGUAGAUAAACAAAAAUAUAAUUAAAACUAUGUAAAAACGGCUUUCGAGUAAAAACUUAUAAAAACCGAAUAGAGAUGAUUAAGAUUGAUUAAAGUAUAAAUCAAUAAUCCUUUUAGAUUUUGUUAAAUAGACGUCGUGACUAUGAAAUGGGCUGCAUUUAUUAUAUUAGUGUUUUCCCAUCAAAUAAUCGGCCAAACAUGCAACAGGAAAAAAAUUGAAUCAAAAGGUGACAUAAUUAUUUUUGGCAUGUUCCCAAUCCAAUACUGCGAUAAAAACAACACUGACGAUACAUCUAUUGUUUGGGCAGAAGCAAUGAAGUACACCAUCAACGAAGCAAACAAGCAGCAGGGUAAGAAUCUAUUUGGGUACACAAUUUAUGAUUCUGAAAACUAUGCAGAAUUGGACGGCACAACGUCUGCUACUAUAGAUAUCCUUUUUCAGCUAAACACUAACAAUAUCGUUUUAAACCAACAGGGAUCUUGUUUAAAUUCAAUACUCAACAGAACAUUAGGUCUUGUUGGUCCAACAGACUCAACUAAUUCCAUAAAUGUUCACCGUUUGACCUCUUUUACCAACAUUGCUAUUGUCAGUUACAGUGCUACAAGCACUGAACUAAGUAAUAAAGAACUGUAUCCAAACUUCUUUCGAACCAUGCCAACUGAUUCUUUUCAAGUACAGUUUAUCAUAGAUUUGCUGCUUUAUUUUAAUUGGACAUAUGUUUCAAUCAUAGCAACAGACAGCUCUUAUGGAAGAAAUGGAGCCUUUUUGCUUCAGGAAAUGUUUUCUACAAACGGUAUUUGUAUGAGUAAAUACGUUAGUAUAGGAGAUGAUUAUGAUGAAAUAGAAUAUAAAAACGCUUUAUUUAACAUAACCGAUGAUAAUCGAGCCAAGGUCGUAAUAUUUUACGGGACUGUCGAUUCAGCAAAAAAUAUACUUGCUGAUUGCUUGAAACAUAAAAUAAAAGAUCUUAAUUGGAUUUUAAGCGAAUCAAAUUUGCAGAGCAAUUGGUUACUUGAUUUUAAAAAACAAUAUAAUGGCAACAUAAUGAUGAUAAUACUUUGUUCUGAAGGUUUUGAAAAAUUCAAAAGUACUUUAUUAAGUACAACGUACAAAAACUCUGACGAUUGGCUAAGAACAUUAUUUGAAAAAAACAGUCAGAACAAACUCUUUCCAGAUAUGAUGCUAGGUGAUGUUAAUAAUUAUUUAGACUUUAGUUGGGUAAGUUACGUCCAAACUGCAGUAAAUGUUUUAAUAAAAUCGUUUUUAAAAUACGUUGAUUGCAAUAAAAACUUACUUUUAUGUAAUUCAUCUUUGAUUGAAAACCGGAAACACUUCAACAAUAUUGUAAAAAAUAUAACUUUUUUAAACUUUGAUGACAGUUUGUUUCAGUUUGAUAAAAAUCAAGACCCUUUGACAGUUCAAUACGAUUUUUAUAUAGCAUCUAACGAAAGUUUUUUAUUUACUGGUACCUGGUCGUCUAUAAAGCAGAAAAGGUUAGAAAUAAAAGAGAGCAAAAUUUUACAAUCAGUAUCUUCAAAAUGUUCAGAACCUUGUCCUCCAGGUCAAUUUGCUGUAAUUAAUCUUCAACUAAAAUGUUGUUGGAUAUGUACUUUUUGUGAUGAAAACUAUGUUAAAGGCAAUGUUGGUACAGAAGCGUGCAAGAAAUGUAAAUUAGAAGAAGAUUAUUAUUCAAACAUAAACAGGACUAGAUGUAUUAAAUUACAUCGAACUUUUUGGAGUUUUAGAGAAAAAGAGCAAAUUACACGAUUAAUAAUUGCUUUUUUAUUUUCAAUGAUAGGAGUGACAAUAUCAAUUGCAUUUAUUAUUGUAUUUGUGAUUAAAAAAAACACACCACUUGUUCGUUCAUCAAACUACAAGUUUUCUUUGGGUCAGAUGGGUGCUCAUCUUACUCUGUUUAUAAUUCCAAUCUUAAGUCUUGAAGAAGAUACAAAGUUAAAAUGUGUUACUAGAACAUAUCUUGGAGGGCUCCUUUUUUUCUCUAUAAUUAUAUUAACGUUACUAAAAGUCACACAUCUAAUUGCAGUGUUCGGUGCCUUCAAAAAAUUAUCUAAAAAAGACAUGAUGCGUAUUAGGUUUAAAGAAAUUCUUUUUUUUUUUUUAGCCAUUUUGAUUUACGCAACAAUGGUUCUCGUGGUUGAGAAUAUGUAUCCAUUAGACAUUAUAGAAGAUAAAAAUACGGACACACUUACUAUCUAUAAAUUUUGCGAUUCUGGAAAAUUUUUGACUUUUCAUAUUGUUUGCGUAUUUAUUCUACUAAUAGUUUGUGCUGUCCAAACAUAUCGAGGUCGUAAGCUACCGUGGAAGUUUAACGAAGCUAAAUACAUCGCUUUUGGAAUGUUUACAUCAACUUUAGUCCAAAUUAUUUCCAUAUUUAUUGGACUUAGCUCCCUAGAUCCAAUGAGCAACACUUUUUUGCUGUGGCUUUCAACAAAUCUUUCUAACUUAUUACUUUUUGCAAUUUUGUUCGGUUUUAAAUUGAAAGUGAUUCUUUUUAAUCCCGAAAAAAACACCGUCAAACGAUUUCGAAAAGUUACAACAGCAGUAAUUUAUGGAUCGCAUUUUUUACCUUCAAUUCCCCAAGUAAGUAAGCAACGAAUUAGAAAUUUGUCAAUAUCGUUUUGAUUGUUAGCUUUAUUAUUUGCUGACAUAUACUACAUAUUCUUACGAUUACGUCAAAUGCACUUCAUUACAUAAAAUAACAACAUAUUUAAAA